UCACUAACUGCGUCAUCCCUUCUACCAUUGCUGGAAAUAUAACUCGAAACUUUCUUACUGGUAUUGUAGGAAAUCUGUCAUCAUCCGCAGGAAUACUUGAAAACGACAUCAAGUUUACACAUAACUUAAUAAGGGUCAUCUUAGGAGUUUGCAUGUCCGAAAUUCAGAACCUCUUCACUUUUGACCCUUUUGCUGAUGCAUUAAAGGGUGACCAACUUGGAGCCCAAGAGGGUCUCAUACACAUUCGAAUACAGCAGCGGAACGGUCGGAAGACCCUUACCACUGUGCAGGGGAUUUCAGAGGACUACGAUAAAAAGAAGCUAGUCAAGGCUUGCAAAAAGGAGUUUGCAUGCAAUGGUACCGUAGUCGACCAUUCGGAAUACGGAGAGGUAAUCCAGCUCCAGGGAGACCAACGCAAUAGCAUAUGUCAGUUCCUGACGAAGACGGGCAUUGCCAAGGUAGAGCAGCUCAAGGUCCAUGGUUUCUAAUCCACGACGGUUUCGGAUAGGCGGCUUGCUUGCUUAUCUUCACUAACCCCGAUUGUUUUGUCUAUUGGCUUCGUUUUACUGGCUGCUGUUCGGUGAAUGGUCACAUCGCUUUUCAACAUUAUGUUAGACAACCUCACAGUAGACUACAGAUAGCAUGUAUCUUUCACAGAUAGAUGUUUUUGUCAUUUUUAACUUUUAGGAAAUCGUUAAUAAUACAAAGGCCCCCAUGGGACCUAAUGUAAACCUUCACAAUUUUUUAAAAUGAAAUGUUUUCAUGAGCUGCACGUAAAGAUUAUUAUGCGAAGAAAGUUAUUCCGAGAUGUGUGAGAACUGUGCCAUUGGUGUAAAUGUGUGUGGUCUUCUUUUGGUAUUGAAAUGAACUAUUAGUUGUAGAAUUAGGUUACUUGAUUCACGAAACAUAAUUAAUAUAUAAAAUGCAGUUAUAACUUAAUAGAAACAUCAACUGUGUAACUCUUCUGUCAUUUUAAGUAGCUGGCACUAAAACUUGAGAUUGAGGUGUUUACAAUUUACCAUAAAAAAGUGUGGUUGAAAUUGUGUUUAAGGAUUCGUAUUGCAAGUAGUAGACCAGUCCACCCUUUACUUAUUAUCUGUCUAUAACACCAUUUUAAUUGCUUUUAAAGUGCUUCAUUAUUAACUCUGUACAGUUAAUGUUUCGAGUAAUAAAGUUUGAUAUGUCAUA